GUGGGGAGGGGGAACUCUGGGAGUCGAGGAAAACCCGGAGGAGGAGGAGGAGGAGAGGGAAGUGGGCGGGGGCAGCUGCUAGUGGAGAAAGUAGUUUCCCGGGAGUAGCCAGUCCAGCUGCUGCCGAGGCUGGGUGGGGGGGUGGGGGAGGCUGUGACAGUGACGAUUGGGCUUCUAGGGGGUAGCGAAGGAGGCAGCAGUGAGCCCAGAGGUCAGGGGCCGAGCUAGUGCUGGCCAGGCAGGGAUGAGCCAUGGCAUCAGUCAAAGUGGCCGUGAGAGUCAGGCCCAUGAACAGAAGGGAAAAGGAUUUGGAAGCCAAGUUUAUUAUUCACAUGGAAAAAAACAAAACAACAAUCACAAACUUAAAGAUUCCAGAGGGAGGGACUGGAGAUACAGGAAGAGAACGCACCAAAACCUUUACCUAUGACUUUUCUUUUUGUUCUGCUGAUUCUAAAAGUGCAAAUUAUGUUUCUCAAGAAAUGGUUUUCACAAAUCUUGGCACUGAUGUCUUACAGUCUGCAUUUGAAGGUUAUAACGCUUGUGUCUUUGCCUAUGGGCAAACUGGAUCAGGGAAGUCUUACACUAUGAUGGGAAAUUCUGGCGAUUCUGGUUUAAUACCUCGAAUUUGUGAAGGUUUGUUCACUCGUAUAAAUGAAAUGACAAAAUGGGAUGAAGCAUCUUUUCGAACUGAAGUCAGCUACCUUGAAAUUUAUAAUGAGCGUGUGAGAGAUCUACUUAGGCGGAAGUCAUCAAAAACCUAUAAUUUGAGAGUUCGUGAGCAUCCUAAAGAAGGACCGUAUGUUGAGGAUUUGUCAAAACAUUUAGUACAGAAUUACAGUGAUGUAGAAGAACUUAUGGAUGCAGGGAAUAUAAAUCGAACCACUGCUGCAACAGGAAUGAAUGAUGUUAGCAGCAGAUCUCAUGCCAUUUUUACCAUCAACUUCACUCAGGCAAAAUUUGAUUCAGAAAUGCCAUGUGAAACUGUGAGCAAGAUCCACUUGGUUGAUCUGGCAGGGAGUGAGCGAGCAGAUGCCACCGGAGCUACUGGGGUUAGAUUGAAGGAAGGAGGGAACAUUAACAAAUCCCUUGUUACUCUGGGAAAUGUUAUUUCUGCCUUAGCCGAUUUAUCUCAGGAUGCUGUAAAGAAGAAGCAAGUAUUCGUGCCUUACAGGGACUCUGUUUUGACUUGGUUGCUAAAAGAUAGCCUUGGAGGAAACUCUAAAACUAUCAUGAUUGCCACUAUUUCACCUGCCGAUGUCAAUUAUGGAGAAACCCUAAGUACUCUUCGUUAUGCAAAUAGAGCCAAAAACAUCAUCAACAAGCCUACCAUUAAUGAGGAUCCUAACGUCAAACUCAUUCGUGAGCUCCGAGCUGAAAUAGCCAGACUUAAAACUCUGCUUGCCCAAGGGAAUCAGAUUGCACUAUUAGACUCACCAACAGCUUUAAGUAUGGAAGAGAAACUUCAGCAGAAUGAAGCAAGAGUGCAAGAAUUGACCAAAGAAUGGACAAACAAGUGGAAUGAAACUCAAAAUAUUUUGAAAGAACAAACAUUAGCCCUGAGGAAAGAAGGAAUUGGAGUUGUUCUGGAUUCUGAGCUGCCUCAUCUGAUUGGCAUUGAUGAUGACCUUCUGAGUACUGGAAUAAUCUUAUAUCACUUAAAGGAGGGUCAAACAUAUGUUGGCAGAGAAGAUGCUUCAACAGAACAAGAUAUUGUUCUUCAUGGCCUGGAUUUGGAAAGUGAGCACUGUGUCUUUGAAAAUGUCAAUGGAACAGUAACUUUAAUACCACUGAAUGGAUCUCAAUGCUCCGUGAAUGGGAUUCAGAUCCUAGAAGCUACACAUCUGAAUCAAGGUGCUGUUAUACUUCUUGGGAGAACCAAUAUGUUUCGCUUUAACCACCCCAAGGAAGCUGCCAAACUUAGGGAAAAGAGAAAGAGUGGACUUUUGUCUUCCUUCAGUUUGUCAAUGACUGACCUUUCAAAAUCAUGUGAGAAUCUCUCAGCUGUCAUGUUGUAUAAUCCUGGCAGUCUUUUUCCUGUUAAAGGACCAAUCUGUUUAAGGCUUGAAUUUGAGAGACAGCAGCGUGAGGAGCUGGAAAAAUUAGAAAAUAAAAGGAAACUUAUUGAAGAAAUGGAAGAAAAGCAAAAAUCAGACAAAGCAAAAUUAGAACGAAUGCAACAAGAAGUGGAGUCACAACGCAAGGAAACAGAAAUAGUGCAGCGACAAAUCCGGAAACAGGAGGAGAGUUUGAAACGCCGUAGCUUUCAUAUUGAGAAUCGGCUGAAAGAUUUGCUAGCUGAAAAAGAAAAAUUUGAAGAAGAACGUCUCAGAGAGCAGCAGGAGAUAGAGCUUCAGAAGAAAAGGCAAGAAGAAGAGAGCUUUCUCAAAGUCAAGGAAGAACUCCAGCGGCUACAGGAACUCAAUAACAAUGAAAAGGCUGAGAAGAUACAGAUAUUCCAAGAACUUGAUAGACUUAAAAAGGAAAAAGAUGAACAAUGUGCCAAGUUUGAACGAGAAAAAAAGAGACUUGAGGAACAGGAAAAAGAGCAGUUGAUGCUUGUUGCCCAUCUCGAAGAAGAAGUCAGGGAGAAACAAGAUAUGAUACAAUUUCUGAAGCAUGGUGAUGUCCAGCGGUUGGAAGAAGAGAUAAGGGACCUUGAAGAAAUCAGAGGCUCUCUUUUGAAAUUUAAAGAAGCCCAGUCUAAGGGGGAAGAAGAUGAUGAAGAAUUAGAGAAAGCACAACUUACUUUCCUGAACUUCAAGAGAAAGCAACUUGAACAGUUGACUAGUUUGGAAAAGGACCUAGUUCAGCAACGGGAUCUCCUUGAAAAAGAAGUGGCAAAUGAAUGGGAAAUUUUAGAGCAUUUAACAGGUGUCACUGAAGAUUUGAAUUUACAGGUGGCCCAAGACUUGGGGAAAAUAAAGCCAACUGAAUACAGGCUGCAGUAUAAAAAACGUCAGCUUCAAUACCUCACACAGAAUCUUUUGCCACUUUUAUUGGAAGAGAAGCAAAGAGCCUUUGAAAUCCUUGACAGAGGCCUUCUUGGCUUAGACUACACUCUUUAUCAAGUUGAGAAAGAAAGGGAAGAAAAAGAGAAACAGCUUGCCCAGUACAGGGCCAAUGCCAACCAGCUGCAGAAACUCCAAGCCACAUUUGAAUUCACUGCCAAUAUUGCACGUCAGGAAGAGAAAGUUAGGAAAAAGGAAAAGGAAAUCCUUGAAUCAAGGGAGAAACAACAGAGAGAAGCACUGGAACAGGCUGUUGCUAAAUUGGAAAAGAGACAUACUGCGCUUCAGCGACGCUCUACUUUAGAUGUGGAGAUUGAAGAGCAGAAGCAAAAGCUGGCCACUCUUAAUAGCAAUAACAGUGAACAGUCAGAUCUCAGGGCUAGUCUAGAAUCUGAACGAAAAGCCUUAGAACAGGACCGAGAAAGGUUAGAGUGGGAAAUUCAACAGCUGAAGCAAAAACUACGUGAAGUUGAUGGUAUUCAUAAAGGGCACCAAGGAACCCUGGGGGAGAGUCGAUUUCAUUCCAAUUCCCCAGCCAAUGCAGCAGAAUCUCAGUCUCCUCUGCUUCCACUGGUUGAUGAUAGACUUAAUGCUUACAUUGAAGAAGAAGUACAGCGACGUCUGCAGAGUGUCCAUCCCAGGACUGGAGAUAAUAUCCUUUUCUCCCAGUCUACAGAAAUGCGAAAGGAUAAUGAAAAGCUUCACAAUGGCACCAUUCAGCGUAAGCUAAAGUAUGAGCGGAUGGUUUCUCGCUCUUUGGGAGCAAAUCCAGAUGACCUUAAGGACCCAAUUAAAAUUAGUAUUCCACGCUAUGUUCUCUGUGGACAGGGAAAGGAUGAACACUAUGAAUUUGAGAUAAAGAUUACUGUCCUAGAUGAGACAUGGACCGUGUUCAGGCGUUAUAGUCGUUUUCGCGAAAUGCAUAAAACAUUGAAGUUAAAAUAUCCAGAGCUUGCUACUUUAGAAUUCCCUCCAAAGAAGCUCUUUGGAAAUAAAGAUGAGAGAGUCAUUGCUGAACGUCGGAAUCAUUUAGAGCAAUAUCUCAGGAACUUUUUCAACGUGAUGCUUCAAUCUGCAACCUCCCCAUUACAUCUCGACAAAGUGGGCCUGACUCUGUCAAAGCAUACCAUCUGUGAGUUCUCCCCAUUCUUUAAAAAAGGCGUGUUUGACUACAGCAGCCAUGGAACUGGCUAGAGCCCGAGACCAAGCCCAGCAGCAAACGCAGUGCCUUCCUUUAGCAAGAUGCCUCCUGAAAUACAAAGAAAACUCUCAUACAAAAGUCUCAGCCUAACUCUUUGCAGCAGAAAACAAAUAUGCAACAAUUCUUUCCUUUACCCUUUAAAGUUUUACUUAGUGCCUGUGUUUGGGAAUAGAAUGUUGUACCAUUUGUUUCUACCUGUGGUUCCCAUGGCAAGGCACAGUUACUGUUCAAGCCCUGGUGAAUACGGCUCCUUCCUAUUGCUCAGACAAUUCAUUUCCAUUUGGCAAAAUUGCUUCACUUUGGCUUUUGUUCUCCAAAUCUAGUUUACCAUUUUAGAGAACCUGGGUAAUAUCUGAUUUUCUUUUUUACUAAAAUAUCAUAUCCCCUUCCUUUAGAUCAUAUUAGCAUUUCUUCCCAAGAAAGACAUUUUCAAUUACUUGAUUUUACUGUUGUUUGUUUUCCUCUUGGACUGACUGCUUUUGUAUAAUACCCCAAAGUUAAUGUUUACAAAGAAUUUCAUGUUCAGCAAGAGAAUUUUAAAGCAAAUCAUGUCUCAAGUCUUCCAAGUUUGACUAUUUGGAUGUAAUGUAAGCCACAUCACUUGAUAUGGACAUAUAUGAAACACAUGCAGAUAUUAUAUUCAUUUGACCUUGUUAAGUCAAAACAUCUGUUUUCUAAUUUCUUAGAAUGUAUCUUUCAUGCACUCUCCACUUUCUCAGUAAAGGAUAACACGACUGCAUAGCAAAGUCAUAUAUUUUUAAAAGAUAUGUUGUUCCUGUUUAUGUUACAUUCUCUCUAAGUGCUUCAGUUGAAAUAUUAGAAUUUACAAUGUUUUACUAAGUGAUACUUAAAUUACUCAGGACUUAUGUAGAAUUGCACAUAUAUUUGUAUAUAUAUAUAUAUAUACACAUACACAAUGUAAUGUCUUUGUGAUGUAUGAGGAAGAAAUGUAAGUAAAACACA